UACUGAUACAUUUAAAACAAUCGUAAUACCAUUAUUGUUUAAAUUUUUUCUUUUGCUUUUUGUCUUUUGUGUCUCCGGCUCUCCGCGUUUACUAUUUAGUAUAAUAUUUUUAAUUUUACGUCCUACGCGUAUACAUAAGCCACUUACACUAAUGCGAAUUCAUUACCUAUUUUUUUAUUAGUUGAGUUUAUUGUAUAAUUAUAAUAUAUUAACACUAUUAUUUUGUUAUUUAAUAAUGUUUAACCAAAUGAAUGCCAUAGUAUGUGGUGAAUAUUCAAAAUAUUUAUAUUUAUACUCAUACAAAAAGUCUUCUCUUCUGUAACUAUCCAAUUAAUUGAAUUGAUAUCAAAAUCAUUUACCAUGCAAAAACCUAUGUCUAUACUAAAAUUACUUCUAUUAUUUAUAACUGGAAAUGUUCAAAGUACAAUUCAUAAAAACCUUGCCCAUUUUGAAACCUUACAUGCUUCUGAUUUUUCUCAUAACAUAGUGAAACGUGGAGUCAAUGAUAGUCCACAUCCAUUAAACAAAGUAAAAGAAGUAUCAUUCACCACAUUGGGAAGAGAUUUUCGAUUAAUAUUAACCCCAAAAAAAGGAUUAUUACAUCAUCAGUUUGAAGCCACAAGUAUAGAUGCUGAAGGAAACGAAACUCCAGUUGCAGUUGAUCAUGAACAUUUUUAUGAUGGCCGCGUAUUUGGAGAGAAAAGUUCACAUGCUAGUGUACAUUUAGAUGAAGGUGUUAUGACAGCUAUCAUUGAUGUCCCUGGUGAAACUUAUCACAUUGAACCAUCUUGGAGACAUAUGGUCGAUAAAGAUAACAAAACAAUGAUAACUUAUAAGGCAUCAGAUGUACGAUUAAGUUGGGAAAAUUCAAACUUAAAUCAACAUAAGCCAUGUGCUUAUGUCAAAGAAGAUGCCGUGGUAGAAACUGUAGAUGAUGACGAUGAUCAUUUAAAUACCAUUACACGUUCUAAACGWGAUGCUGAUUCUUAUGACUAUAUGAUAACACCAACUAGAACACGUUGCCCAUUGCUUUUAGUUGCUGAUUAUAGAUUUUUCAGAGAAAUGGGAGGAAGUGAUACAAAAACAACUAUAAAUUAUUUAAUAAGUCUAAUUGAUCGUGUACACAAAAUAUAUAAUGAUACUUUAUGGCUGGAACGUCAAGAAUCUGAUGGAUUUCGUGGUAUGGGUUUUGUUAUUAAAAAAAUAACAGUACAUAGUGAUCCAACUAAAGUGCGAAGUUCAGAAGAUCAUUAUAACAUGGUUCGAGAAAAAUGGGAUGUUCGUUCUCUACUUGAGGUUUUUAGCCGUGAAUAUAGCCAUAAAGACUUCUGCUUGGCCCAUUUAUUUACCGAUUUAAAAUUUGAAGGAGGUAUUCUAGGACUUGCUUAUGUCGGUUCUCCUAGACGUAAUUCAGUUGGUGGAAUUUGUACACCAGGUGACGGAAGAAUUAAUAAUUCAAAAUAUAUUUUUUCAAAUCAAUACAUUUUUAUGAUUACAAAUUUAAAUUUAACAGAGUAUUUUAAAAAUGGGUAUACCUUAUAUCUUAAUUCUGGUCUAAGUUCAAGCCGUAAUCAUUAUGGUCAACGAGUAAUUACACGAGAAGCAGAUUUAGUUACUGCUCAUGAAUUUGGUCACAAUUGGGGAUCUGAACAUGAUCCAGAUAUAACUGAAUGUAGUCCUACAGCUAGCCAGGGAGGAUCUUUUCUUAUGUAUACAUAUAGUGUUAGUGGAUACGAUAUUAACAACAAAAGAUUCUCUCCAUGUAGUUUACGGUCUAUACGUAAAGUAUUACAAGCCAAAUCAGCACGUUGUUUUUCUGAACCAGAGGAAUCAUUUUGUGGUAAUCUUAGAGUUGAAGGAAAUGAAGAAUGUGAUGCUGGCCUUUUAGGUACUGAAGAUAAUGAUUCAUGUUGUGACAAAAACUGUAAACUCAGAAGAGCUCAAGGUGCUCGAUGCAGUGAUAAAAACUCGCCUUGUUGUCAAAAUUGUCAAUUUAUGGCAUCUGGAGUGAAAUGUCGUGAAGGGCAAUUUGCCACAUGUGAGCAAGAAUCUCGUUGUACAGGUACUGGAGCUGAGUGUCCUAAGAGUCCACCUAUGCCUGAUGGUACUGGGUGUCUUGAAAGGGGUAAAUGUCGUUCUGGUAAAUGCAUACCUUUUUGUGAGACACAAGGAUUACAAAGUUGUAUGUGUGAUACUAUACUACAAUCAUGCAAACGAUGUUGUCGUAUAAAUUUAAACGAUACAUGUUAUCCAGUUGAUCCACCUGAUGUGUUACCGGAUGGAACACCGUGUAUUCAAGGAUUUUGUAACAAAGGUGCAUGUGAGAAAACUAUUCAAGAUGUUGUAGAACGUUUUUGGGAUAUAAUUGAAGAAAUCAACAUUAAUAAGAUGUUAAGGUUCUUAAAAGAUAAUAUUGUAGGCACAGUGAUUUUAGUUACUGGUUUGAUAUGGGUACCAGCAUCUUGUAUAAUUAACUGGUUAGAUCAUAAACGUGCCAAAGAAGUUCGCGAAAGAAGGAAAUGGGAAGAUCAGGAUGAUUUUGUGCAAAUGUCCAAUGACGCAAGACCAAAAAAAAUAAUUUACGUCAAAGUGCCAACUAGUCAAAUGGAAAUUCUAACGACAAACAAAUGAGAUACUUAAAUUAACAGGUUAAAUAUAUAUAUAUUCUGUGAUAAGCCAAUAUUGUAUUGAAUACUCCAGGAUCUCUAUGAUUAAAAAGAAAAG